AUGCAAGCUUACCGGUCGGAAACGAAAACCCGUGCGAAAGACGAAAGUGAAACGAUAAAUAAUUAUUACGACAGUGAAUUAGGUUUGCCUGAUGAGAAACUUACGUUUAAAUUCUAUCUAUCUAUCUAUCUAUCUAUCUAUCUAUCUAUCUAUCUAUCUAUCUAUCUCAAAUUGUUCCUAUCUAUCUAUCUAUCUAUCUAUCUAUCUAUCUAUCUAUCUAUCUAUCUAUCUAUCUAUCUAUCUCACUCUAUUCAUAAUAUAUGUAUUUAUCUAUUUCAUUAUAUUCAUAUCUAUCUAUCUAUCUAUCUAUCUAUCUAUCUAUCUAUCUUCAUAAUCCAUCUAUCUUUUCCAUUCAUCAUUAUCUAUCUAUCUAUCUAUCUAUCUAUCUAUCUAUCUAUCUAUCUAUCUCACUGUAUUCAUAAUCUAUCUAUGUAUUUAUCUAUGUCAUUAUAUUCAUAUCUAUCUAUCUAUCUAUCUAUCUAUCUAUCUAUCUAUCUAUCUAUCUAUCUUAGGUCUUUUCUUUUUCUUUUCUUAAAUCGGGCUUAUCUCUAA